GGAAGAGCAGUUUGUCCCACCACGUUUUCGUGGUGGAAGAGCAGUUUGUCCUACCACGUUUUCGUGGCUGCUGACUCUAUGGCCAUCUCCCUCCCCCCGCCCCGCCCCGCCCUGCAGGGAGCGGAGAGAGAGAGAGCUGCACGAGGCGUACAAGAAUGCGCGGUCCCGGGAGGAGGCGGAGGGCGUCCUGCAGCAGUACAUCGAGAGGUUCACCAUCAGCGAGGCUGUUCUCGAGCGCCUGGAGAUGCCAAAAAUUCUGGAAAGAAGCCAUUCCACAGAGCCAAACUCGCCUUCCUUCCCGAGCGACCCCAACCCCAUGAAGUACCUGCGGCAGCAGUCGCUGCCUCCGCCCAAAUUCACUGCCAGCGUGGAGACCACCAUCGCCCGCGCCAGCCUUCCGGAAGCCGGCGUGCCCGCGGGCGGCGGGUCUCCAGGCAAAACCGCCGCCCCCAGGGCCGUGCCUGUGCUGACGCCCAAGCCUUACGCCCAGCCCAGGAACUCCCAAGAGGUUCUGAAGACCUUUAAGGUAGAUGGGAAGGUCAGCAUGAAUGGAGAGACCGCUCACAGAGAGGAGGAGGGGAGGGAGAGAGGGAGCCCCCCCGCCGUGGCACCUGCCCCCUCCUUAACCAGAUCCCAGAUGUUUGAAGGUGUGGCCACCGUGCUCGGGUCCCCUGUGGAGCUGAAACAGGGCAACAACAGCAUCGAGAUCAGCAUAAAGAAACCAAAUGCUGUUCCCCAGGAACUGACGGUAAGAACCAAACUUUUUGUUUCCCUCUUUGGGAUAAUUCCAGGGUGGAAGAAUCUGUUUUUUAAGAAAUAAGUAGAUUAUGAUAAU